UGUGAAUUUGCAUGUGUUUGGUUUUGAGGUAAUGGUAAAGUCACAUUACUCAAACUGACCCGGUACUAAGUAACCCUCCCAACACUGUGAACUAGCUGCUACAAGCACACAUUACGCAUGAGUUCCCGCUCCGGGGCCAUGAGGCGUGUGGGCCGUGGAUCCAGGUGGGAGCGCAGCUUCCCCUCCUCGAGUCAAAGGUCAGACUCUCACCACUGAACCCGCUUUAACGAUGGUAAUUUAUGCAUUACCGCAGUGUGAGGUGACUGCGAGCGUGUUCCGUGUGCACAGUGGGGAAAACAACGCAGUGAUGAUAAUGAUUAAAUCAACCCACAGGUCAUGCGUGGAGAAACGCACUCGGAGGCAGCGGAGUGUUGUUUUCAUGCAGGUAUGUGGACGAACCUGACGGAGGGGGGGGGGGACACGUUCUCUGAUCGCGUCGGUAGGUGGCGCUGUGGAAACGCUUAUUAGAUGAAGCUGAACAUCCUUCCCAGAGAGCACUCACCUCGCUCUGUGCAAAUUAAGCGUCUUAAUUAGGUGUAAUUUGUUUUUGCACGCUUGAUAUUAGGAUUACAUGCUCCGCGUGUUUGGAGAGAGUCCUUGUGCGUCACGCCCACCGUGCCAAACAUCCCAGGACGCGCUCCUAAAAUGUUCAAUACCGCGGCACACCGGAGGAUGGAGCCAGCAUGAGCGUCUGGGAGAGCGCCGCCGCCGCCGAGCGUAAAAAAGGGGCGUUCCGGAGCUUGGCAACAUCUCUGUUGGCGGCGCCAGGUGUGUUCAAACCUGUGGCAGACGAACGCUCGCAGAUGUCUCCCGGCCCAGUCACCGUGGGCUGGAUCUCAACCGCCGCAACCGCCUACCGGUGAUCGCUGCCGCCCGCCCGCCUGCUAUUUUCCAGCCUGCCCACAGGUAUGAGGGAUUUCUCGUUGACGCACUACAUCUCAGCGACAGACGCUCCACAAUCCGCCGCCGAGUGAGUAGAAAAUCCCCUGUUUACAUUCGCUUUCGGCGUCGGGAGGCUCGUCCGGAGGAGGAGAAAGGCGCUGGUAUGUUUUCCAGAGUGGCGAUGGAGAGCGUCGAGCCCGAAUUAUCUCCCUUUUAACCAUCUCGCCGCGGAUCAACUCUCCUGCUUUUUACGCGCAAGGAGCGCUUGGAAUUAUUGCAGCCCGGGCGGCUGUGCGCACACCGGAGCGCCGGUCCGUGGGAUGACAGAGCUCAGCGGCACGUCCACGGGGUGAGAACCAGACUCCAGACAUGUCAGCAAGAUGAAAUCCUCAGCUGGUCGGGAGAAGAACUCAGGAGGGUUUAUUAGGCCGCGUCACUUCGCCUUCGUUUAGCAACAGCGAGCCGAGGCCACUGCAACCAGUCCGAUCUCGAGUAUAGUUGUUGGGGGAAGAACAAAAAAAAUAAAUAAAUAAAGAAAUAAGGGAGUAACCAUGUCCAGGACGCUGAAGAAGAAGAAACACUGGUCCAGCAAGGUGGUGGAGUGCGCGGUGUCAUGGGGGAACCUGGGGGACUUCGGCUCCGUGGUGGAGGUUCUGGGAGGAGCAGAGCUGGGACAGUUCCCCUACCUCGGCCAGAUGAAGCUGGACGUGCUGGUGUGUCACGUCGGGAAGCUGCCCUACUACGGGGACGUGUUGCUGGAGGUGAACGGGACGCCGGUCAGUGGACUUACAAACCGCGACACCCUGGCUGUCAUCCGCCACUUUCGGGAGCCGAUCCGCCUGAAGACGGUCAAACCAGGUAAAGUAUUGAACACGGACCUGCGCCACUACCUCAGCCUGCAGUUUCAGAAGGGCUCUCUGGACCACAAGCUCCAACAGAUCAUACGGGACAACCUCUACCUACGCACCAUCCCCUGCACCACACGGCUUCCUCGGGACGGGGAGGUGCCAGGAGUGGACUACAAUUUCAUCAGUGUCGGAGACUUCAGGAUCCUGGAGGAAAGUGGACUUCUACUGGAGAGCGGGACUUAUGAUGGUAACUACUAUGGGACCCCGAAGCCUCCAGCAGAGCCCAACCUCGUGCAGCCUGAUCUGGUGGAUCAGGUGCUGUUUGAUGAAGACUACGGCGGCGAGGUUCCCAGGAAACGCACCACCUCAGUCAGUAAGAUGGACAGGAAGGAUAGCGCCGUCCCCGAGGAGGAAGACGAUGACGAGAGGCCACCGCUGGUCAAUGGAUUGCCCGAGCACAAAGAGGGGGCAGACUGGAGGAAAGCGGUGCCCAGCUACACCCAGUCCAGCAGCACCAUGGACUUCCGCACAUGGAGCUCCCUCCCUCGCGAUGACAGCCUGGAGCCCCUGCCCCUCAACUGGGAGAUGGCUUACACUGAGACCGGCAUGGUCUACUUCAUAGACCACAAUACCAAGACGACCACGUGGUUGGACCCCCGCUUGGCAAAGAAGGCGAAGCCGCCCGAGAAGUGUGAGGACGGAGAGUUACCUUACGGCUGGGAGGAAAUUGACGACCCACAGUACGGCACAUACUACGUGGACCACAUCAACCAGAAAACCCAGUUUGAGAACCCCGUCCUGGAGGCAAAGAAGAAGCUGAGCCAGGAGACGGCUGCCGUCCAACAGGCCGCCGCAGCUCCUCCCCAAGCUAAGGGAGGUGCGUCGGGCUUCACUGCAGACCCCAGCCAACUGAAGGGCGAGAUGUACCACACGGCGCUGAAGAAGAGCGCCCAGGGAUUCGGAUUCACCAUCAUCGGAGGUGACCGCACCGACGAGUUCCUGCAGGUGAAAAACGUGCUGAGCGACGGCCCCGCUGCCCACGACAACAAAAUGGCGUCCGGUGAUGUGAUCGUUGAGAUCAACGGGAUGUCUGUGCUGGGGAAAACCCAUCCAGAGGUGGUGCAGAUGUUCCAGUCCAUCCCCAUCAACCAGUACGUGGACAUGGUUCUUUGCCGUGGCUACGCGCUCCCUCCGGAUGUGGAUCUAAACAGCGACGACCCUCUCCCACCUCCUCCUCCCCCGCCGGCCAACCAGCCCCAGCAGGCCCUGCAUGGCGGCGAGGUGGUGACGGCCGUUCCCCUCAUCAACGGGCAGCCGCUGCUCGUGAAGGGAGACGUCCUCCACGGCUCCUCUCAGGAGCUCCACUACGUCACUAUGGACGCCAGCGGCCGGCCCGUCGUGGCCGCCAUGCCCAACGGGAGGCAGGGGGAGCGCAGCGAGGUGGCCACCACGAUGCUGCAGCCAGAGCUGGUGAGCGUGCCGCUGGUCAAGGGGCCCGGAGGAUUCGGGUUUGCCAUCGCUGACUGCCCGCUGGGCCAGAAGGUGAAGAUGAUCCUGGAUGCCCAGUGGUGUCGCGGCCUGCAGAAGGGAGACGUCAUCAAGGAGAUCAACAGGCAAAAUGUCCAAACGCUCAGCCACGCCCAAGUGGUAGACAUUCUCAAAGACCUACCUGUGGGCAGCGAGGUCAACGUGCUAGUGCUGCGAGGAGGUCAAACAUCCCCCGUGAAGAGUCUGAAGCCUAGACAGGAAAUGACGGCCAGUACGGAGACGCUGGACACCGUCGCGGACUCGGCCCCCCAGGCCCUGCCUUACCACUCCAACACGAGCACCCUGCGCUCCGUCGACUCCCCCAAACGAGACGUCACGGAGCUGUACCUGAAGUCCAAAGCCCUGCUGGAGAGCAGACAGCCUCACACCAAAGACAUUGACGUUUUUCUGAAGAGAGACAUAGAAACGGGCUUCGGUUUCCGUGUUCUUGGAGGAGAGGGUCCACAACAGCCAAAUGUCUUUCCCCAGGUGUACAUCGGGGCCAUCGUGCCCAGUGGGGCCGCCGAGAAGGACGGGCGCCUGAGGGCGGGAGACGAGCUCAUCGGCAUCGACGGCGUGAUGGUGAAGGGUCGUUCGCACAAGCAGGUCCUGGACCUGAUGACCAACGCCGCCCGCAACGGUCAAGUGAUGCUGACCGUACGCAGGAAGGUCAUCUACAGAGAAGCAACGGAGGAGGAGGCUCAGGAAAUGGCCCCAGUGCUGGUGAACGGCUCCCCCAAGCUACCUCGCCUGCCGAUGCCCAGCGCUCUGGACCACGAGUCUUUCGACAUCACGCUCCACCGCAAAGACAUCGAGGGCUUCGGCUUCGUCAUCCUCACCUCCAAGAGCAAACCGCCGUACGGAGUUAUUCCGCACAAAAUCGGCCGAAUCAUCGAGGGCAGUCCCACCGACCGCUGCGGCCUGUUGCACGUCGGAGAUCGCAUCUCGGCGGUCAACGGGCGCUCCAUCAUCGAGCUCUCCCACAACGACAUCGUCCAGCUGAUCAAAGAAGCGGGCAACGUCGUCACCCUCACUGUGGUUCCCGAGGACGAAUACAAAGGUCCUCCGUCUGGAGCCAGCUCAGCGAAGCAGAGUCCGGCUCUUCAGCACAGAGCCAUGGGGCAGCGGACGGCACUGCAGGACGAACGUUAUAACCUGGAUAUGGAGGAAAAAAGGGAGGCAGUCAACUGGUCCGACCAUAAGAGUCUUUCACUUGAGCAGGGGACGAUGUGUGUGACGGGACCCAACCAGGGUUGUCUGACAGUGGAGCUGGAGAGGGGCCCCAGGGGCUUUGGUUUUAGUCUGCGAGGGGGAACAGAGUAUAACAUGGGCCUGUACAUCCUGAGACUGGCUGAGGAUGGACCGGCUCAGCUUGACGGAAGGAUCCACGUUGGAGAUGAGAUAGUGGAGAUUAACGGCGAGGCGGCGCGCGGCAUUUCUCACACACGGGCUAUUGAGCUGAUCCAGGCGGGAGGAAACAAAGUGGUACUGCUGCUGAGACCUGGGGCGGGCCUGGCUCAGGACAGCAGUCAACAUGAUCAAAAACUCAUUUCACCCACAAGCUAUUCCGGAGAGGUGUUUCUCUCCGACACAUCACCUCUGUCCUCUCCAUAUCCCACUGGGGCUUCCAUCUUCGUUUCCUCUCCCCUCUCCAGCAAACUGAAACAUUCCCGCAGCUGGAGCACCUUAUCCCCACCGGGCCUCAAGCCCAGCAGCAGCAGCAGCAGCAGCAGGGGUUUAAGCUCAGUGGAGGAGAGCGGUGAGUGGGCUGACAAGGAGGUAGCAAGGCUCUCUCCUGCCUCCCCUGAGUCGAUGAAAUUCUACAAGAGGACCAGGCCCCCGAAAGACCCAAGAGAGCUAAGCAGCCCAAAGAUAACUGGGGAGACAUUUUCUAAAGCCAAAGAGCAACAUCACACUCCCAAAAGGACCGAGAGUCAGGCACAGGAGGCGACACUGAGCAGGAACAGGACAUCUCAGACACAGGCGAAAACCAGGUCCACGAGCCCCAGGAAGUCUCCUCAAGUGGCUCCGACCCCGCAGCACACGGGGCAUCAACAGGCCCCUCCGAGAUUAAAAGACUCUCCCAGCAGAGAGAGCUUGGAUCAUGAAAAGAAAAAUGGCAAAGGGGGGACUCCUGAGAUCAGACAACACACACAAGCAAGGGAGCUGGAAGGGAGGGUAGUGCGGACCGGGCCUGGCCAGGAGCAGCAGAGUUUCAAAAGAAGGGCGGCGGGACGGUCUCGCCCCCAGAGGACUUCUCUUCAUGCGGUCAGGGAGAGCGAGAAAGGCGAGGGCAAAGGCUCGAGGCAGAGAGACACCAACGGGAAAUCCACAGAGGACAGGAAUACGAGUAAAGAGACUCUCAGCAAAAGAGAUUCGCUGCUGUCUUUCAAAGACUUGUGGAGCAGAAAAGGUUCCGUGGUUUCACCGAGAGAAGCGAAAGGAAAAGGAGAUGCGCUUUCUUACUCCAAAGAAGUCAGCAGUAAGGAAGACAUUGUGGCCUCUCUACGCAGUAUUCCAGGGACCCAGCAGAGCCCAAAGGGACCUCUUAGCCCCGGCCCUUGGAAAGUGCCCAGCUCAGCCAAAAUCCUCACCGAGGCAGAGGUCCUCCGUGACCCUUUGUGAUAGAAUAUUGAAUCACCCAGACUCGAGCUGUGCCAUGGAAUAUUAAUCCGUAACCCUCAGUGGAUUGCUUUUUCUGAGUUCUUCCAUUAAAAAAAAUAAAAUAAUAAUAAUAAAAAAGAA